AACACCUUUUGAGCUCCUCAGACUUGAAGACCAUAAUCCAAGCUUUACUGCAACAAUGGGAAGCAUUCAACGACCACAGGGAGCAGAGAGGUACGCGGUGGUUACCGGCGCGAACAAGGGUAUCGGGUUUGAGGUAGUCCGGCAACUAGCAUGCCGAGGCAUUGUGGUGGUGUUGACGGCGAGAGAUGAGAAAAGGGGAAGGGAAGCCACAGCCAAGCUCCAUCAUGAUCAUCAUCUUCAUGCCAAUGUAGUCUUCCAUCAGCUUGAUGUGUUGGAUCCACUUAGCGUCCAGUCUUUGGCAAAUUUCAUACAUGACACCUUUGGCAGGCUUGAUAUCUUGGUUAAUAACGCUGGAGCUAGUGGAGUUUUGGUUGUUGAGGAAGAACUCAAAGCCCUGAACAUUGAUCCCACCUCUUGGCUUUCAGGUCAAGCAGUCAACAAAGUUCAAGGUGCUAUAAAAUCAACUUACGAAAAGGCUGAGGAAUGCUUGAACACCAAUUACUAUGGUGUCAAAAGAGUGACAGAGGCGCUUCUCCCACUCUUGAAACUCUCUACUGCAGGAGCAAGAAUUGUCAAUGUCUCAUCUCUCAGGAGUGAACUAAAGAGGAUUCCAAGUGAAGAGAUAAGGAAUGAACUUGGAAAUGUAGAAGCAUUGACAGAGGAGAAAGUGGAUGCAGUUCUGAGAAGAUUCCUGCAUGAUUUCAAAGAAAAUUCACUUCAAGCCAAUGGAUGGACAAUGAUGCUGCCUUCAUAUAGCAUUUCAAAGGCAACCCUGAACGCCUACGCAAGAAUCCUUGCCAAAAAGUAUCCCAAAAUGUUCAUCAACUGUGUGCAUCCCGGUUUUGUCAACACCGAUCUCAACUGGCAUACUGGGACAAUGACUCUGCAAGAGGGGGCUGCAGGUCCUCUCAAGUUGGCUCUUCUACCAGAUGGAGGACCUACAGGCUGCUAUUUCGAUCAAACUGAAGUAGCAGACUUCUGAUAUAUCUCACUUUGAUGUAUGCAAGACUUUCUAUGUUAACUAUCAUCAAGUUAUUCUAAAUAAGUAAUGAAAUAUUCCACUUCUUGUGUUAGCUACAACUAGUGUUCUUAUUCGCCAUCCGG